GGGGCGCGACGGCAGGGAAGGGGGCUCGUGGGGGCUUGGACGGCGGGCAGCGGCGGGGUCGGCCCACGGCAGCGACAGGGACGGACAGCAUCGCAUGAUUGUCUGGCUGGAGGAAGGGGAUGGGUAGAGAACGUUCACGCGUUAUAAAUUCCGUUUGAAGUUUGUGGAGGUGAAUGUACCAUAGCAAGCCUAAAACGAAAAUUCCACACACAAGUUGGGAAAGAAAAACUCUGACAUGACCAGUAGCCAGAAAUUAAGUGCUCAUGCGAGAUGAAAUUUGAACCCUGGGGUUUUUUGUCGUCAUUAUGUAUUGUACUAGUAUCAGUCAAAGUACGUCCUGACCAAAUUUUUUACUGUACUUGUUGGUGGUUAUGUCCUGGCUUGAGAGGGAGCACGUAGCAGUGGAAUCAUGGAUAUGCUGCCUGUUUUGAGUUUUGACCCAAAGACGUCGCGCGCUCCAAGUCCUUGACUUGAACCGCACCACAAGUUUCAACAGUGCCGGUUUACGAAUACCAGAGGUCUCCCUUCUGUUUUCCCUCCUUCGCUCACCAACUCCCUUCUUCUUCUUCUUCUUCUUCUUCUUCUUCAUCCCCACGACCACCAACUUCACCUCUCCCGCUCCACCUCUCCGCUCCAUCACCCCCCUCUCUCUACACGUAUACUUAGAACGCUAGCUUAAUUAAUUAUCGAGGUUGCGCGCCUCGAAACUCGAUCCGCACUCGAUCGAUCGAUCCAUGCAUCCGCUGGUGGGGGCUCUGCUUGAGGCAGGGGACGGCCGUCGCUGGUCACGGUGCUUCUUCUUCUUCGGCCCCGUGGCGCGGCAGGCGGCGGCGUGGGCGGGCGCGCUGGCGCUGGCCGUGUCCGUGGCGUCCUUCGCGCCGGAGGCCGCGUUCGUCUGGGCGCUCUCCGGCGGCGGCGGCGGCGGGUGCGCUGCCGGGGCGGUGCGCGUGCCGCUGGACGGCGGCGGGGAUCACCUGUGCGUGCCUGCGAGGAUGGCCGGCAGGACCUGCGCCGACCUGAUCGUGCCGCCGGCCUUCGCCGCGCUCUCCGUCGGCGCAUCCGCCUGCUUCGUCCGCGCGCUCUCCAUCGGCCGCCGCCGCGACGACUCCUAGCUAGCUCGUUCAUCCAUGUCCUGCGGAGCAGAGACACAAUCCUUUUGCGUUGAGAUUAAUACGCCUUCCGGCUUUGAAUGCGUAUUCAGAUGCGUUUC